AUGCUUGAUUUCAUCCCUUACAUUGCCAGCACGACAAAAGGCAUUGAUAAAUCCAGAUGGAAAACCGCUCUGGAUGCUUGGAUUCACAACCUGACCGAACUUCUCAACAUGCAAGAAGCUGAUUUCCUCCACGAAACCACUUCAAACGAGUCGCUCUCGCUUUUUGUGGAACAAGUUUUGAACGAGCAAAUGGACACCACCGCCACAGUCGAUCCCAAACUGAUCAGAUGUGUGUUUCUCAUCUACUAUCGUCUCGCAGCUGUCAAUAUCACGCACACCAACCCAUUGUUGACUGCAAAUAAGCUCUGCAGUUUCGCAGUUGUUUACGGAGACUCUAAUGCGGCUGAAGUGCGUCGCAUCAUGGCACAGUUGGCUCUGGAGGAAUCUAUCGAAAAAGAGCUUUUUUCAAUCAUUGGCAUGUUGGUGGAUGCUGUUCAGUCCAUGCCCAAUCUCUUGGCAGCACCUGCUUCAAUUGAAACGUUGGAUCGCGCUUACGUUCUUGUACGUGUUUUGGAUGCCCUCUUUUCAACAACACUGUUUGUGGACGCCAUUCAGUCUUCAUUCGAUACUUUGGAUAAUGUGUUGAUUGAAUGCUAUAGAGACAUUAUACCCACCUUGAAAAAGACUGUUGAUUCUGACUCUCAGGCUGCACCCUAUGCCUUCCUCGUCAAGAAAUCACUUGUUUCCACCUUCAACUCUUAUGCGGAUGGACACUUUUUCAGACCACUUGGAUACGUUUCCUCCAUUAAAGAUCACCAAAGCCUCGACAAGCUGUCAGAACCGAUUGAUUCAUCUGUCAUUGACUUGAUCAGCAACAAACUUUUGGAAUACAUUGAAAACAGUGGACUCGAAUCAUCGAAAACUGCAUUUGUGGAUGGACCUUUGAUUUUGGAUUGGGAAGUAGAGUAUCACAUCACUGGAAAGCUAGACAAAAUCAACAAGGAUGUGUUUGGCGGCGAUGAAGAGUCUCUCGAGUUUCUAAAGCUGUCCAUGGAACAAGUGAGAGAUUCGAAUAAGGGCACGGGCUCAUGGGGAGACAGCCUUCAGACACAACAGACACCAGCAGAACAGCAAAAGAAUCCAGCUAUAUACCAAAAUGUCGAGAGAACCUCCAAGAUUUCUCAAAUUCAUGAUCUAUUCCCUGAUUUUGGCGAUGGAUUCAUAGAGGCUUGUUUAGACGCAAACAACGACGACGUAGAGGUGGUCAUCAUGCAAUUAUUGGAAGACUCACUUCCCGCCUCAGUAAGUGGAUUGGAUCGCAAGAUGGACAGAAAGCCAUUACCAGAUGCCGCAACAACCGUCUCGCAAUUGACACACCUGGAGAGUGAAGCAGAAGCUGUUUAUUUGGAGGCAGAAGCAAGAGAGAAUCGCAAGGAAGAAAGUGUGCUCAAAUCCAGACGCAACGUUUAUGACAAUGAUGAGUUUGAUAUCUUUAAUCGUCGUACGGUGGAUGCAUCCAAAGUGUAUGCUGGCAAAAAGAACAAGGAAGAUGCCGACGCCUUGCUGGAUGACAAGAGCUUUAUCCAAAGCGAAAAGAAAAAUGUGCUGCAGCGUGUGGUGGACAUGUAUGACGAUGAUUACGAUGACACCUACGAUGAUAUCAAUGAUGCUGGCGUUCCUUCUACGAUGGAGAAUGGUGAUGGCGAUGCUGCAGCCGAUGUUGUCAGAAAGAAGCAGGAAGUCAUUGAUCCAGGAAUCGAAAAUGAGAGUUUGUUAGUUCAUAGCUUUGUGGAAAAUGCUGAAUUAUUUGCUCGUAAUUCUACUGCUCGUAAAUCAACCAAGCGGGCCGAACUAAGAAAGAGAACCGGUAUGACGGAUGAACAAUUGGAGGGUUGGGCCAUUAUGUUUAAACGAAACCCAAGAAAGGAUAGAAUUUUAGAUCGAUACAUGUUGUUUGACGGUAAUCAAGCCCAAGUAUCUGAAGAUGUGAGUCAAGCUCAAAAACAAGCACUCAAGAAAGAGAACAAGCGUCCUCCUAGAUCAGAAUCAAAGGAUCGUGCUUACAAAGACAAGAACAAGGCUCGAUUUGGAAACCAUAAUCGUAAAGCACAAAGAGAUAAAAAAGUAGCUAAAGCUGGGCCCCCACCAAGCUAG